UGGAGUGUGGAUUUCUUUCUCUGAUCUUAUUGGUGUUUAUACAAACAUCUAGUGAUCUUAAAUACUUUUACUUGUUGAAAAGAACUUAUCAACAAUUUCUUGAAAAAUAUUACUUCAGGCAGUUGAAAAUCACUUAUAUCAAGCAAACUUUGUUAAAAGAAGAAGAAAAAGAAAAAAAACCACCACCAUAAUAUUCCCAUAUUCACAUUACUAUUUAAUGCACAUUUUUAUACGAAAUACUAUCCUGUCCUUGUCAAGGAUAAUAUGCAAAAAGUUAGUGGGAAGUGCAUGUGAAGAUGUCAGAACAUGAUCAUAUGCAUUCUAAUCAAAUCAAGUAUAGACACACUGAAGAUGAGUGUGAGGAAGAUGAAAUCACAGCCCUCAUUCCUGAUGCAGAAAAGCCUCUUUCACGAGUCGGCAACAAUGACUGGUGUGCUUAUGAUGUUGUAGAGUGGAAAUUAUAUAGUUGGUGUCUGUGUGGUAGUUGUACAAGGAUGGAGACUGAAGCAGAGUCCAUAUGUUGCCAGGAACAACCACCGGUACUACUCAGAGUAAUGCAAUGGAAUCAGCAAGGAUCCUGUGUGGUGCAUCACCCUUUUUUUGUCUCUGUAUGUCUCAACCCAUAUGCUCUUCAGACUAUCUACAACAGGGAUAAGAAACUCUUUGGUUCACUCUUCAAUAAACCUUUGCAUGAAAAAUACCAGAUCACAGCCUAUCGCACAUUCAAUGACUACUUUUUCAACAGCUUAAGAGGCAGUAUUACAAUUCCUCUACCUGGCUGUGUCCUUAAUACAAUCAGAAAAGCUUUCCCAAAGGAUGCUGCCAUUGGCAGCUUCCCAGGAUACUGUGAAUUGUAGUCAUGAAUGGAAAUAAACUAAUAUUUACUUUU